CUCGUUGUGCACACACUCCCCCGGCCCCUACUAUCCCCAUACAGUCGCGUUGCUUUGUGUCUCGUUCUAUCAUUGUUGUUGCUUUCGUGUGAAAAGUUUUGUGGAUCGCUUACUGAUCAGUGCGGUGCAUCAUGGCGGCAACUCCUAUUACCUUUACGGAGGCCUUGAACCUGCAACAACUCGGAGUUCCCGAGGCAGCGAUCAAGCAUGGAAAAACAACCAUGGAAAGUGAUCGUUUCAUUGUGGCCGUAGAAGAAGCCCAGGUCACCAUGAUUGACUUGCGCAACAACGCCGCGGUGGAGCGCAAGGCCAUGAAGGCGGAAGCCGCGAUUAUGAACCCGGGAGAACAACGGAUCUUGGCGCUGCGCUCGGGAGUCAACGUUCAAAUCUUUAACCUCGACACCCGACAAAAGCUCAAGUCCCACCAGCUCACCGAGCCUUGUGUCUACUGGAAAUGGACGUCCAACUCCAACUUGGCCAUGGUGACGGCUUCCGCGGUCUACCAUUGGUCCCUCGAGGGAGAUAGUGCUCCCCAGCAAGUCUUUGAUCGUCAUCCGUCCCUCCAAAACGCACAAAUCAUCAAUUACCGAGUCUCACAGGACGGCAAAUGGUGUGUGCUUGGAGGUAUUGCUCCCGGUGCCAACGGCGUCGUGAACGGUAGUAUGCAGCUCUACAACUUUGAAAAAAAACUCUCGCAGCCACUUCAGGGUCACGCUGCGGCCUUUGCCGUCCUCAAGAUUCCCGGUCGCGACGAUCCCGCCCAAGUCAUUGUCUUUCACGAAAAGAAGCACGACAGUCCGGAGCCACCCAAGCUGUACGUCCGCGAAGUCGGACGCACGGCGGGGCCGCCCUACGGAGUCCAACCCGUCCAGAUUCCGGUCCCUCAAGACGGAGCCAACGACUUUCCCGUCAGUCUCGCCAUUGUGGAGAAAGAUUCGUUGGCCUACAUGAUGACCCGCAUGGGAUAUGUUUACGUCUUUGACGCCAUGUCUGCCAAGACGGUCUUCCGCAACCGCGUUACCCAAGAAACGGUCUUUUUGUCGGUCGCACAGGAAUCCACCGGGGCCGUCUUUGGCAUCACCGUCCGGCGGGGACAAGUAUUCCGGUUGCAGGUCAACAACCAAGCAUUAAUCCCCUACGUCUUGAACACGCUCAACGAUGAAGAUCUUGCCCUCAAGUUGGCCGGACGGUUGAACCUGCCCGGUGCCGAGAACUUGCAGGCCCGUGCAUUUGAGCGUUUACUGCAGCAAGGCAACGUUGCGGAAGCCGCCCGUAUUGUGGCAGGCUCGGGUUCGGCGUUGCGCACGCCCGCAACCAUUGCUCGCUUUCAGCAAAUCCCCGCUCAGCCCAACCAGGUCCCACCUCUCCUUCAAUACUUUUCCAUCCUGCUGGAGACGGGCACCUUGAACGAACAAGAGUCGAUUGAAGUCGCUAAGCCAGUUUUGCAGCAGCAACGAAUCCCGCUGAUGGAGAAGUGGCUCAAGGAAAACAAGCUCACUUCCUCGGAAUCGCUAGGUGAUUUGAUCAUGCCGCACGAUACCGGCAUGGCCUUGUCGGUGUACCUGCGUGCGGAAUGUCACGGCAAGGCCAUUCAAUGCUUUGUGCAGCGUGGUGAAUACGACAAGAUUGUUUCGUACGCUAGUUCGGUUGGCUUCCAAAUGGACUACACGCAAAUGUUGAACCAGCUGCUUUUCUCCAAUCCCGCGGGGGCGCUGGAUCUCGCCAAGGGACUGGCUACUGCGGAAGCCUUCUUGAGCAGCAAUCGUCUUCAGGAGACGACGGCCUUUUUGCUCGAAGCUCUGAAAGAAAACAAGCCCGAGCAUGCUUUCUUGCAGACUAAGUUGCUUGAGAUCAACUUGCUCAGUGGUGCUCCGCAGGUUGCGGACGCCAUUAUGCAGCAGGGAAUGUUGACCCACUACGAUCGCCCGCACGUGGGUAAGUUGUGUGAACGGGCUCAGAUGUGGCAGCGUGCCGCCGAGCACUACACCGAGAUUGCCGAUAUCAAACGUGUGUUUAAGAACUCGCACCAAAUGAGCCCCGAGUUUGUGGUCGAGUAUUUUGGUAAGCUCAACCGUGAGCAGUCGAUCAUGUUGCUCAAGGAUAUGAUGGGCCGCGGCCCGCAGAACAUGCAAGUCUGCGUUGAAGUUGCGAAGAAGUAUCACGAAGAGCUGGGAUCGGAGCAAUUGGUCCAGGUGUUUGAAUCCAACCGCGCGACGGAAGGUCUCUACUAUUACCUUGGUGCCAUUGUCAAUAGUUCGGAGGACCCCUUUGUUCAUUUCAAGUACAUCCAGGCUUCGUGUAUGCUCGGCCAAUUCAAGGAAGCCGAACGCGUCUGUCGCGAUUCUACCGUAUACAUUGCGGAAGAGGUGAAGGAAUACCUCAAGGGAGCUAAGCUUCCCGAUCCUCGUCCGCUUAUUCACGUGUGUGACCGCCACGGAUUCGUGGACGAAUUGACGGAAUACCUCUACUUGAACUCACUUUUGCAAUACAUUGAAGUAUACGUUACCAAGGUGUCUCCGACGAAGACUCCAAUGGUGGUCGGAAAACUUUUCGACUUGGGUGCUAACGAGGACUUUAUCAAGCGUUUAUUGAUGGCCGUCGGAACUGCCUGUCCGGUGGACGAGCUAGUGGAAAUUGCCGAAACCCGCAAUCGCCUGCGUUUGUUGCAGCCUUGGCUCGAGGCGCGUGUUGCCACUGGAAGCACCGAACCGGGAACGCACGACGCGCUUGGAAAGAUCUACAUUACGCUCAACCGCGACCCCAAGGCGUAUCUGCUCAACAACAUGUUCUACAAUCCCAAGGUCCUGGGACCGUACUGCGAAGCGUUGGAUCCGCAGUUGGCUUUCAUCGCCUACAAGCGUGGUGCCGGUGAGUGCGACGACGAGCUCAUCAAAGUCAGUCACGACCAUGGGCUGUACCGGGAUUUGGCGCAGUACUUGGUUGAGCGACAGGACUUGGUGCUGUGGGGCAAGGUGCUCAACAAGGAAGAAGGCAAAGAAGAUGAGGAAGAUCCUCAGCGACGUCAACUUAUCGAUCAAGUCGUUGAAUGGGCUCUUCCAGAAAGCACCAAUGCUGACGAAGUUUCCUGCACAGUCAAGGCCUUCAUGGCAGCCGACUUGCCUAGCGAGCUCAUCAACCUGUUGGAGCGGAUUGUCCUACAGGGUUCGGACUUUUCCGACAACAAGAACUUGCAGAAUUUACUUAUCCUUACGGCCAUUCGUGCUGAUGCCAGCCGCGUCGCGGGGUACGUUGAUCAGCUCGACAACUUUGACGCGAAGGAUAUUGCUCUUAUUUGUGUGUCGGAGAGUCACAUGCUCUACGAAGAAGGUUUCAGUAUCUACACCAAGUUUUCGAAGCCCGAAUUCACGCAGGACAAAGAUGAACAGGUAGAAAUGCAGGUGCUAGCGAUUGGCGUUGUCGUUGACAACAUGAAAGACUUAGACCGUGCCAAGACGUACGCUACGCAGUGUGACGAAAAGCCUGUCUGGUCGAAGCUCGGUAAGGCCCAGCUAGAAGGGAAGUUUGCCGCGGAUGCUAUUGAAUCCUUCAUCAAUGCUGAUGACCCGAGCGAAUAUGUCAUGGUUUGCGCUGAAGCCAACGAGGCCGAGAUCUGGAUGGAACUCAUUCCUUACCUCAAAAUGGCUCGCAAAACUAUGCAAGAGAACUUGGUUGAUACUGAGUUGAUUUACUCGUACGCCAAGACGAACAAUCUCACAGAGCUUGAGCAAUUUGUCACUGGACCGAAUGUUUCGAACAUUCAAUCCAUCGGAGAUCGUUGUUUCAACGAAGGUUUGUACCAGGCAGCGAAGAUUUUGUUUAUCAGUAUCAACAACAACUCGAAGUUGGCCCUGUGUCAUAUCCAUUUGGAAGAGUACCGGGAAGCCGUUGAAGCUGCCAAAAAGGCCAACAAUGUAUCAACAUGGAAGGCUGUAUGCUUUGCCUGUUUGAGAGCUGAUGAGUUCCGACUGGCUGCUACAUGUGGUCUCGAAGUUAUUAAGUAUCCCGACCACUUAGACGAGGUUGUCACCCACUACUCCGAUCUCGGUCACUUCGAUCAUUUGAUUUCUUUGUUUGAGCAAGGAAUUGGUUUGGAAGAUGCUCACAUUGGCAUCUUCACCGAACUUGGCAUUUUGUACACGAAGCAUAUUCCGGAGAAGGUCAUGGAUCAUUGCAAGGUCUUCUUUACCAAACUCAACGUAUCGAAGGUAGUCCGCGCUUGUGAGCGAGCCCGUAUGUACAAGCCUGCUGUGUAUCUGUACAUGCAAGAUAAGCAGCACGAUAACGCUAUCAAGACCAUGAUUGAACGUGCCCCUGCGUGGGAAAACGAUCUCUUUUUGGAUGCGGUCACCAAGAUCCGCAAUGCCGAACUCACGUACAAGGCUAUCGCCUAUUACUUGUCGAUGCAUCCUAAUCUCUUUACCCGACUGAUGGAAGUUAUGGAGGAUACCGCCGAUCACUCUCGUGUAGUGAGUCAGUUGCGACGCACAGGCGAUUGGGCUUUACAGCUUGGUCAACCGUACAUGAAAUCUGUUCAGAAGGGUAACCUGAGCCAGGUGAACGAGGCCCUGAAUGAGCUCUACGUGGAUGAUGAGGACUACGAAUCCCUUCGCAAGUCGAUCGAUAGUUUCAACAAUUUCAACAUGAUUGCACUAGCGUCAAAGCUCUCCACUCAUGAGCUUCUUGAGUUCCGACGUAUAUCUGCUUACGUUUACCGUCGCAAUAAGAAGUGGAGCCAGUCAAUUGAACUUUCGAAGAAUGACCGCAUGUGGAAGGACUGCAUCGAUACCGCCAAUGAGUCGGAAGAUGCUGAAAUCAUUGAAGGUCUGCUGCGUUUUUUCUGCGAAACAUCCGAGAAGGAGUGUUUCUGUGCAUGCCUGUACACGUGCUUUUCUCAUAUUUCCCCCGAUGUGGUGUUGGAAUUGGGAUGGGUCAACGGUUAUCACCACUUUAUCAUGCCUUUCCUCAUUCAAAACCUUCGCCAGACGUACAGUCGUCUCAAGAAGUUGGAAGAGCGAACUGCUCCACCGAAGGAAGACGCGAAUGCGCAGGAUGGCAUUGCAGCGACUUACGGAAACCUGAGUGGAUUUGGAGGUGGCAUGCUCAUGUUGGAGAAUGGUGGUGGAAUGGGAUCUCCGAUGGGCGGACCAGGAAUCGAUAUGAGUGGAUUCGGUACGGCGCAACAGCCACAGAUGGGUGGGAUGCCCAACGGAAGUAUGCCUGGCGCUGUGCCCUACAUGUAGGCACCUGGGGAUGCGAAUAUAAACGACGGCUAAUCACAUUGGCACACGUAACAACCCAUUGUUUGUUCCCGCGGGUAUUUAGAUUCACAAUCUUAUUUGUUU